GUAUUCACGCAGUAGUCACGCUGUCCGGAGCAGAGUGUCGCUCGCCUUGUCGCCUUUUGCUUGCACAUUUUUUCUGAUUAUUUUUCUGUGUGUGUGUGUUUGUUUGUUUAUUUGUUUGUUUGUUGCGUUCGAGUUUUGGGGUGUGUCUCUUUGUGUGAAAAGAAACGUCCAAGUCGUUGCAUGUCAAUUAAGAGCUGCUGUGAUGUGGCUGAGACUUUGCUAUCGCCCGAUCGACUUGCCUCUGAAUUGAAUGUCAUCAUGUUGAAAUCACCGAAACUUGUCCGGCUGGCCGACUUUUAUCUCAGACAACACAAAAAAGAAGGCGGACGCUUUUUGACGGAGAGGCCAGCAGAAGCGAUGGCGGCCACUUGCAAGAGUUACGUGACGUCCUACACGCCGGCCACUACCGGCACUUCGCCGCCAAGUUCGCGAUUGCCGCCUGACGGACACGAAUUCCCCGGCGAUUACAUCGACGAUACCAGCACCACCACGGCGGCGGCUGCCACAACCACGACAAAAGUGUCGGUGGCUCCGUCGGUGGCACGCGGGCGGAGUGGGAGCGCUGGAGGGACGGGCUCGGCAGUCUGGCGGACGUCGCACACCCACGGCGGCCGGGACGAGCGGAGUGAGCGCAGUGUCAAAGAUAAAAUCGCCUUGUUCACCCAUGACGUGGCACAUCCGCCGGUCGCUUCUUCGGCGGUCGGAUCGUCGACAGUGAUGACGUCAUCUUCGGCCAAUUGCGUCCGGAAUCUUCCGGCAUCCGCCACGACCAAGACGAAACAUCCGACGCUGUCGUGUUCGGUCGACAAUUUGAGCGUCGGGCGGUCGCCCAUGGUCUCGCCCGUCAUCCGCACGGAUUCAAGGACUCUGCCCCGUCACCAGCUGGCCGUCACUCCGGCCGUCAAAGCCCAUCAUGCCAUUCACAGCGUCGAAAGAGAGGGGCCGGCCAAUGUCAACUUGAGCGAACGGUCUCGCAGUUUACUCGACGUGGCCCAUUAUUCUCCGCCGUCAGGCCAUCACGUCGGACAGCAGCAGCAGCAGCAACGACACAUCGUCAGUCCGUCACCGUCCGUCUUGGCCGAAAUUCAACCGAGAAAAUCUUCUCUGGUCGGCUCGGAUGACGGCAGACGAAAGCCGAGUCUGUCCAGCACCAAACUCAGAGGUUUGGUCAUUCCGGACGUGGUGGACGGAACGCAAAUGGGAUCCGAUCCGCCCAGCCGGGCCGUGAUGGAUCUUCCCGAAAUCAUCAGCAAAGAUUCGGUCAUGAUGGUCGGACUCUCGCCGUUCGCUCCGCUGCGCAGCCCCAACAGCCUCCAUCCCGGCGGCCAGGAUGUGACGGACAACUGCGCCCCGAUGCAGAGCAAACAGAAAACAACUUCGCUGAGUUCCCUGCCGUGGAAGAGCAAUUCGCCCAGCUUACCAAAGUAUUCGCCGGCCUUCAAACGCAAGGAGCUGACCGUCCUGCGCCCGUCUUACAACAACUCGGAUUCGGGAACGAAUCACUCGACGAAUCUGUCGACGGCCGGCUCGCCCGUCAACAAGCCGCCGCUGAUGACGAGUUUCUCUUGUCCGUCGGAUGUCGAUGGAUCACAGAGUCCCAUGGUGGAAAGUGAAACGGCCACCAAUGACGUCAACAGCGACACUGACGGCGACUCGGCCGUCAGUUCCAGCCGCUCUUCCUUCAGUCAGUCCGGAUCGCCGCUUCCGGAACGGAAUCAACCGUCGAAUCAACACGUCGCUGAUGAGGACACGAACGCCGCCCUGACCACGGCGGCCAAUCGGGUCCUGAAAGCUCAGAGCGUCGAGGCCCUCAAUCGCAAAAACGUUCUCCAGUCUGCCCGCUACAGUUCCGGCGGAGGAAGCGGAAAUCAUUUGGAUUUGAUGCCGCCCUCUUCUUCGCCGCCGCCGGCUCUUCCACCGCCGGCCGUUCCGGCUGCCGCCCCCUCCGAACCUGCUGUCAAAUUGACUGUGGACGUCAGCCAUCAUCCGUCUCCGACUUGUUCGCUGCCCAGUCCGGCGCUCCAGCGUCCUCCUGUCCAGCGGACCAGCAGCAGCAAAUUGUCGUCGGGAGAGAAUUUCGAACAGACGCUGAGGAAAUUCACGACGGCCGAGGCCAGCAGCCGGAUCGAGCGCAGUUCGCCGCGAUUGCGUCUCUCCUCGUCGGAGCGGCUGGAAAUCAAAACGGCCCUCAUCACGGACGUUUGCAGCGAUCCGCACAGUCCGACCGUACAGAAAAAUACGACGACGACGACCAGUCCGUUCCACCGCGACGGAUCGUCGCCGUUAUCGGGCAAAAAAUUGGCGUCAACGUCGUCCAGCGACCACCACUCGACUGGAUCCGGAUCGAAAGAGAUCAAGAGCUUCCGGGCAUUGGCUGAGCGUUGGGAGGCCAUUGCCAACGAGGCCCCGUCAUCGACCGGAUCCUCCCCUCCUGGCCCCAAUAUUGUGAGUUCCAGCAAGAAAGUUGCCGACACGAGUACGGUUAUCCAGCCAUCCAUCCGAGACCAUCAGACUCCGGCUGACGUCCGUGACGUCACCCGUUCGGUUACGACUAGCCGAACGACCGCAACAUCCACUUCUUCUUCAUCGGCGUCGGCGGUUGAAUCACGCGAAAACAAACCGACAACAUCGGCGCGGCCCGUGACGAGCCGGAGCGUCUCGGCCGGCGUGGUGGAGAUCCGCAAAGCCUUCGAGCGCGUCAAGGAAGAACUGAUGGAAACGGAAUCCAAUUGCCAUUACGGCGGCGGUCAAGAUCUUGGCGUCCUGGGCCUCGUGUCCGGUGGGCUCAGCCUGGAGGACUACAAGCAACAGAACAGCAGUUUAUUUUCGCUCCAGUCCGGUAACAACAACAACAACAAUUCUCCGUCACCGUCUGGCGGAGGCGGUCACCAUCAUUACCACCACCAGCACGUCCGCAUGUCGUCGCUGGACUCGACGACCAGCGAGGACAGCAGUUUGCCCUACGGAUUGUACGGCGGAUGCUACGGCGGAUUCGGCUCGGCCUUUGGCGGAGGCAGCGGCUACGGCGGAGGGAGCGGAUACGGCGGCUUCUACGGCGGCCCUUUCGGCCCGUUUGGAGUCCGAGAUAAUUACGGCAGCAUCACAUCAUUGGCCUCGUCCACAUCGCUCAUUUCACCGCAGGAGCUUCAACAGCUGUUGGAUGAAGCCAACCAAAGUCUGGAGGAGUCUGGCACGCCGUCGCACGAGAUUGUCGUCGUCGUCCUGCAUCGUGGCGACGUGGCGUCGACGCUCAGCCCCGGACUGGGAAUCACGCUGGCCGGCGGUGCCGACUACGAGACCAAAGAGAUUACGAUUCAUAAAGUGAUUGGCGGGAGUGUGGCCGACCGGGAUGGCCGCAUCCAGAAAGGCGACCGGGUCCUCUCCAUCAACGGCAAGGGACUCAAAGGCGUCACACACCGGGAGGCACUCGCCAUACUCAAGGCGCCCAGACCGGAAGUGGUGUUGGUCUUGUCCCGAAACCGUUCCGUCUCACCGCAAGAUAUUUGUCACGACGUCGAUAAGGAUCUUCCUUCCGUCAUGAUCCCGGCCCUCAACACGGGACUGCUGGGCAAUCCACGCAACAGUCACCUUCUCCUGUCCUCUGGCAGCAGUGGCAAUGGAGUCUGCCGGCCGCCCCGCAUCCUUGAAAGUCCUUCCGACUUUACCAAUUACGAUCACGCGUCCAAUGAUGAAGACCUUGGUCGUGGACCACCUGUGCAAGCGACGCUGGUUAAGGAGGGCGCCGGACUGGGAUUCAGUUUAGAAGGCGGCAAGGAUUCACCGCUGGGAGAUCGUCCGCUCACCAUUAAAAAGAUAUUCACCGGGGGUGCGGCCAGCAAGAACAGCACACUGCGCGUUGGCGAUCAAAUCAUUUCAGUCAACGACUGCGAUGUGAGGUCCAUGUCGAGGAUAGAGGCCUGGAAUUUGAUGAAGAAGCUGCCCGACGGCGCCGUCUCCCUUAUCAUACGUCAGCAGAUUACAUCCUCGUAAAAAGAGCGGAGGAGGACGACGACACGAAGAAGGAAGAAAGAGGGAAUAUUAUACAAAUAAUUAAAAAGGAUUAAAAAACAAAAACAACAAAAAAAAAACAAAAAUAAUAAUGCAACACACAACACACUUUCACGACGACAAACCGGUGCACCUCCUUUUCUUCUCCCUACACACACACACACAUACACACACACACAUUUCUUUUUUAUUGUUAGCUUUCUCUCCUCUUUCUUGUAUGCAACUGCGGAGGUAAUUUAAUUAAAGGUAAUCUGGCGACCGUCUUUUAUCGCCUUCGACUCUACGCAAUCUCCUCUCUUUUUACGAUGAUCCUUUUUUUAAGUUAUUUCUCCUCCACCCAGUUUUAUACUAGCAUUAUAGUUGAUCUCUUGACUGCUUCUUUUCUUGAUUCUCUUAUUAUUAUUAUUUUUUUUUUACACUUGAGGUGUUGGGCUCGUCUCCUAUUCAAUUUGUAUAUACUUAAUACGUAUACCAAUUCACCAAGUUUUAUAGCUUCAAGCCUUCAAGCCUGGAUUGCGUGGUAUUUUUUAUCUGAAUUACUGUAAUGAAACAACGAUUACAAGCUGAACGAAAUAAAUAAACCGUAUCUCUGUUUAAA